UUUAUUUUUGUCAUGGCAGUAUCGUUUCUACGAAGUCCAAUUCCUUCGCGGGUCUUCUGGUAUCCGACCCGACUUAUCCGGGUCACACCAGCUUUAGUACGAUUCUCUUCCUCCGCCGCCACAUUUCAGCCGUCUUCUUGUUCAAAUAGCUCCGACCAAAUUCUUUCCGCUAAAUGGGAAUCAUAUCGGAAGAAGAAGGUGGUUAUUCGAAUUGGGUACGUGGGUACUGAUUACAGAGGUUUGCAGAUUCAAAGAGACGACCCUUCUCUCAAAACUAUUGAGGGUGAGUUGGAAGUUGCUAUAUACAAGGCAGGUGGGAUUAGAGAUAGUAACUAUGGUGAUCUUCAUAAGAUUGGUUGGGCUAGAAGUAGUCGAACUGAUAAAGGAGUUCAUUCUUUGGCAACGUCAAUAUCGUUGAAAAUGGAGAUCCCUGAGACUGCGUGGAAGGAUGAUCCUCAGGGCACUGUUCUUGCUAAAUGCAUUAGCAAACACCUUCCUGAGAAUAUCAGAGUUUUCAGUGUUUUACCAUCAAAUAGGAGGUUUGAUCCCCGAAGAGAGUGUACACUUAGGAAGUAUUCGUACCUUCUUCCUGUUGAUAUUAUCGGGAUCAAGAGCAGCUUUACAUCCGAUGAGAUUGACUAUCACAUUACAGAUUUCAACGAAAUUUUAAAAGAAUUUGAGGGUGAGUAUCCAUUCCAUAACUAUACACAGCGGUCACGGUACAGAAGGAAAUCUGACCAAGUAAUAAAACAAAGAAACGGACGUCCUCCAAGGAAACCAAAAUCAGUCAAAGCAUCAGAAACAGAGUUUACAGAGGAGAACCACGGAGAAAUUGAAGAAGAAGAAGAAGAAGAAGAAGAAAAAGAAGUGGAUGGUGAAUCUGAUGAACAUGUCCUUCCUGAUUCUGAUAAUGUUCAGGUGAACAGUCGCGCAAGAUGGUUGUAUGAGCCAGAUGAGACAGAUAAGCUGAGCGGUGCUCAUUUCAGAAAAGUGUUUCGGUGUAGUAGUGGUAAGCUGGAGCAUUCACUUGGAUUUGGCUUUGUCGAGAUCUCCAUAUGGGGUGAAUCAUUCAUGUUACAUCAGAUACGGAAGAUGAUUGGGACAGCUGUGGCAGUGAAGAGAGAGCUACUUCCUAGGGACAUCAUACGACUAUCACUAAACAAGUUCACAAGAAUCGUUUUGCCUCUUGCUCCAUCUGAAGUACUGAUCCUUAGAGGAAACAGUUUUGAAGUGCGUAGAUUGCCUGAGAGGCCAGGGGUGGAAGCAACAGAUGAAUGGAAAGAAGUGGAGAAGGAAAUAGAGGAGUUUUACAGAGCAGUGAUGGUUCCACAAGUGAGUAGAUUCUUGGAUUCUGAGAAAUCUCCAUGGAAAGAGUGGGUAGAGCAUUUGGAUAGGAAUGAUGGUUUGAUAGACGAGGAAUUGAAAGAUGUAAGGAGAGGUUGGGAAGAGUGGAAAGCCGCAAAACCAUGGAUGGCUAAGAAGAAGACUGAAGAUGGUGAUGAAGAGGUUAGUUCUGUUUCAGUAGCUGUUCAUCAAGCUGUAUGAGAAAGUCUUAACAUUACUCACAACUAUUUUUUGUGCACCUUUGGUAGAAUUUGUUCUGAUUGUUAUCUCAUUUACAUUGAUAAAAAGUGUAUUUUGGAAAGCAUCUAAAGUUUCUUCACUUCACAUUGUUUUACACACACACAUUAAGGUCUCUCUGUUUCA